AUGGGUCUGUUCGCCCGUGUGACGUGCUACCCACCACUGGGUCAAUUAACCUGCCUUCCCAGAACUCAAAACAAGUUACGGUCGGAGAAGGACCCUGAUGAUACGGUGCGCUUCACAGUCACCAUCGAAUCAAGCAGAUGUCUACCAGAUCAACCUUGGGAAGCACAAAUCUGGCAUAACAUCUCCGGUCCAGACUGGACAGAUCUGCCACUGUGCAAAACCAAACCGUCGGCCGUGCCUUUGCUAAGUGGGAGCAGCGCAGAAUAUAGCUGCCAUCGCCAUAUCUUCACAGGGCAGAUUGAACUCCCCUCAGUCGGUGGCCAUGCACAAUUCACGGUGCGCUUUCGCACAAGCCCCGACACUGGCUGGCAAUGGGCAAAUCCACAUCACUCGGUUGGUGACGGGGAAAUCGUAUACACUGCCCGUGAAUCCGAGAUCACGAAAGCGCUAUCGCCUUAUUUCCCCUCUCGAGUUCGGAAAGAGGAGCUGGCAAAAUAUAUCAGCAACCUUUCACCCGAUAUCCAGGUCGAGUCACGGGCCAGCGAGGCCCCCGGUUCUCUGUUAUGGUCAAUAUCAGGAAAUAUAUCUGCAGCAGCAAAUGGGACAUCUGGAAUCAGUACUCUCCCCCUCGGAACCCCUUCGUCAACAAUGAGGAACUUUUCCUUGGUGCGGGUAUGGAGCCCAUGGCUUGGGCCGCGACAUGGUAGGGACUGGUUUGACUUGACAGAAGAUGCGAUUCUAAGCUCUUUCCUGCGCAAGGAUGGUCUCAAUCUCGUUUUGCUAGCAGUUUCGGGUAUCAAUGAUGUCUUGACGGUUUUUCAGUCUGGCAAUAACGGCGAGGUCGUGAUCAAAGCCAAGAAUGAUAAUACUAACCCCACUCAAUUCAAUGUGUUGGCUGCUGUUGCGGAAGAAUUCGAAGUCGCCAUGAGUGCUUUAAUCUAUGAAUCGCGAAAGAUGCUCAAGCCAUUUUCAGAGUCAUCCUCAAUGGAUGAUUGGGAAGAGACGUCUCCGAUAUCUCCUCUUGGUGAUGAUAUUGUCAUUGUUGAGAAGGAUCCAGAGAUACAAUGGCUGGCUGAGUGGUUUGAUGGCUUGACAUUCUGUACUUGGAAUAGCCUAGGACAGGAUUUAACAGAGAAAAAACUGCUCCAAUCAUUGGAUUCUUUGAAGUCUCAUGGUAUCAGCAUCUCGAAUCUGAUUAUCGACGACAACUGGCAGAGUCUCGACAACGAAGGCGAGUCUCAAUUCAGAAGACGGUGGCAGCGGUUUGAGGCGAACGAAAAGGCUUUUCCACGCGGUCUGAAACGAACAGUCGACGAGAUUCGCCAGAAACACCCUAACAUUCAGCACGUGGCGGUUUGGCAUGCCUUGUUCGGGUAUUGGGGUGGAAUCAGUCCCGACGGCGAUCUCGCUCAAAAGUACAAGACCAAAGAAGUGCAAAUCAAAGACCCCAGCUCCAAUGGCCCAAUUGCACAAAACAUCCCUGAGGGCAAGAUUCUUGCCAUCGAUCCCGAUGAUAUUGGACGAUUCUACGAGGAAUUCUAUAGUUAUCUCAACACCGUCGGCGUCGAUUCCGUGAAAGCGGACGCCCAAUUCUUCCUCGACCUCCUCGUGAACCCAGAAGAUCGGAAGAGAUUUACAACCUCGUAUCAAGAUGCAUGGUCAAUCGCCUCACUUAAGCACUUCAAUAGUCGAUCAACAUCCUCCAUGUCGCUCGUUCCGCAGAUAAUGUUCCACUCCCAACUCCCAAACAACAAGCCAACAAUUUCGCUCCGAAACUCAGACGACUUCUUCCCAGAGGUCCCAGCUUCUCACCCAUGGCAUAUUUUUUGCAACGCACACAACUCGUUGCUUACGAGAUAUCUAAAUGCCCUUCCAGACUGGGACAUGUUCCAAACUGACCAUCCCUACGCGUCCUUCCACGCUGCUGCACGAUGUAUAUCCGGUGGACCAGUCUACAUCACCGAUGAACCCGGCAAGCACAAUUUAAAGCUUCUGGAUCAAAUCACAGCACCAACUGUCCAAGAUACCACUGUAAUUCUGCGUCCCAGUGUCACCGGCCGUACGAUAGACGUCUACAAUGACUACAAUGAGGGACAGAUCCUGCGUGUUGGAAGCUAUACAGGCUGGGCAAAGACCGGCAGCGGAAUAUUAGGCCUCUUCAACCUUAAAUCCGAUGAAACAUCUUGCAUGGUCUCCUUACUUGAUUUCCCGGGAAUCCACAAAGACUCCGACAGUCAAUAUGUGACUCGCGCCCAUACCAGUGGCAAGGUCACUGAGCCAAUGCACCUAGCUGACCAUAACUCAGUUGUAUCGGUCGUUUUGCAGGAUAAGGGAUGGGAAAUUCUCACGGCGUAUCCGACCUAUUCCUUCACUCUGAAUAAGAGAAUUCGAUCUAUUGGGUCAGAAGGUGCACUGACAAAUGUGGCUGUGCUAGGCCUCCUUGGGAAAAUGACAGGCGCGGCUGCAGUGGUCAGUUCUGAUAUUUACCUGGUGGAGAAUGGCCGGUUGCGAUUCGAUAUUCACCUGAAGGCAUUGGGGACAUUGGGGGUUUACUUUUCCAAUCUCAAAGACCUGAAUAUUAACCGCAACUUCAUGGUGAUGAUUCUAGGGAAACCAAUUCCACCAAGGACGGUGUGGAAGGACGGUGGAGAGAACUCGAAGGUGCUAGCAAUUGAUGUGCUUGGUGCUUGGAAGUGUAUGAAGUUGGAUAGUGGGUGGAGCAACGAGGCGCUCAUUCAGGUCUUCGUAGGUUAG